AUGCCCAUAUAUUCGUAUCCUUUUUAUCCCUGCCCUUUCUUCUUUGGCGUCCCUUUUCUCCCCUCUCCCACCUGCAGGAGCCUGGGCACCUUCUCCUUCCCUUCUCUCAAACCAGCUUCGCAUAAUACCACACCUCCUCCAACCAAAUCCCAAACACUGACCAUUGGCCCUUCUUCUUGGCCUCACAAACAGUACUUUUCAACCCUCGAGCGCCUUCGUUUCGCCCAGGAUCCCGACACCCAAGACUCAAACACGACUCCCUCGCCUUCCUUCGACAAUCUCCCCAAGCUCCAUCCUAAUAUUAACCCUGUUGCCGCUGCCAACACAAACAGCGCUCCCUUGGCCCUCGCUGCCUCCACGCCUAGAUCACUCCAAGACAGUCACCGGCCUGUUCGUCUCACUGUGCUCUCCAAGCUCCCGUCUGAGACUCCCCCCCUUGUUGGACUCGGUGCUAUUCCCCAGCGCCCUAGAUCCGCUCUGGUUCGCCUGCACUCCAGUCCAGCCCUUGACCGACACACUACCUCCACCAAGCUCGGCCUGGGCAUACUACAUAAUAGAUCCGACAACCACCACACCUCGACCUUGCCCUCCUAUCGCCACAGCGUCAUUCUUGAUGCUACAGACGAGGCCCUGAUCAAGCGUGGAAAACGAAACGUCGCCCAGCCCACAGCUCGCCAAUCCAACAGCCACUUACACCGCGCCGCCUCGUUCGAAUCCCUCCGCCACAGCAUGCACUCCCGCAUCGCCGACGCUGCCUGGAUGGACGGUCGCCUCAAGGAGACAGAAGACUCGCUCUACGACAGCCUCCGUUGGCUUGAAGAUGACAUUGACCUGCGUCUCGACCUCGAUGACUACCAAGUUCGCGAGGACGCCCCUUGCCACAAGAAGCGCUCUGCCUCUUUCCGCCGCAAGCUCUCCAUCUCUUCCAAAGUCACAUUCGGUCGUGCCUCGUCUACACUGAGCCGUCCUACCACGAAAGAAGGCAUUGCACCCUUUGGCGGUUCUGUGCUGUCACUCCACAACCCCCCUGGCAAUGGCCAUGUACGCAGACGCUCACGGGCUCUGUCACUCAUGUCUGCCACCAAGCAGCCACCCGUCGACGUUGCUCCCGCGUCUCCGCCUCCCAUCAUGGAUCCUGCUGCCCACUAUCAAGAUCCCGAAGCCCGCAUGAAGCUCCGCGUCUACCUCGCUUCGCCUCACAAGUUUGAUGAAGCCGUCGAGUUUGGCUUUCCUUCUACCGAGCAGCAGCCCUCGAGUCCAACAACGCCUCCCAAGCGCCUCGAUUCACUGCCUCGUAACGCUGAACGUGGUGGCAACCUCCGCAUGCAGACCCUCGUUGAAGACAGGCGAUGCUCGCUCUACAGCGAUGAAACUAAUGCAACGGAGCCUGACUCGCCUCGCACUCCUGAUACGCUGGAGAAGCCAUCGGCACCAUUCACCACUUCCAUGGAGCAGGACCGUGAUACUGCCAAAGUCGACUAUGCGCAGGCCCACGCGUACUCACGGGAGAUGACACUGCGCAUGACGCUAACUCGGCCGGACCUGCGUGCCAAUGAGAGCCAGAUCUACGGCUGGCAGAACAAGAUGUCACCGGCCGUGUCGGACAGCCCCCGCUCGUCAUCUGGACCCAGGACCGAGGAUGAGCUCAAAAAGGACAGCAUUGAGCGACAGCUGGCAGCCAUUGACCAGGAGAACCUCCUGUACCCAGAGCAGAGCUCCAUGAAGCGCUUCUGGAAUCGCGUUCGCCGCACAUGA